UUAAGGCAAAAUGUAAGGCUUUCUUCUCCGUCUCAGGGAAAAGUCCACAGCGUCGCAGGACAAUGACGUCCUCACUUGGUGACGUGUCAGAUUGUUUACAGCAGCGGUCUCUGUGUUACAGCUGCACAGGCAUGGCUGUGGACAUAACUUUACUUUUCAAAGCCAGUGUAAAGACAGUAAAAACCAGAAACAAGGCGAUAGGAAUAGGCUUUGACUCAACAAAAGAUGACAUUUUCAAGCGGAGCAGACCAAAGAGUGGUUUCUCUCCGAAGGCGAAAGAAGUGAUCACGAACAUCACCAAACUCAAAGACUUUCUGCUGCAACACAGGAAAGAUUAUGUGAGUGCCGGAAGUCUCAUCUCAUCAGAUCUUACCCGUAUGACGGACAAUGAACGAGACCAGAUCGACCAGGAUGCUCAGAUCUUCAUGAGGACUUGUUCUGAGGCCAUCAGACAGUUACGCAGUGAAGUAGAGAAGCAGGUGACAUCAGCUCAGGUCAAGAUGCACAGAGGCGCAGUGCUGGACCUUAUUGAAAUGUAUCUGAAAGGAGUGUGUAAGCUGUACUCUGAGCAGAGAGCAAUCAGAGUCAAGAGAAUGGUGGACAAGAAGCGGCUGUCCAGACUGGCACCAGAACGCCACAGCAAGGAGGAGAAAUCAGUGGAAGUGGAGCCCUCAGAGGAGAAGACCGUCAAGGACGAAGGUUCUGAGAAGAGUGUGUCAGAGGUCCAGGGCAACACUGUGGAGCCCCUGUGGGAGGAGGGCCGGGUGGAGGAUGAGCUCUCUCCUGAGGAAAUCCAGAUGUUUGAGCAGGAAAACCAGAGGUUGGUGAGUGAGAUGAGCAGCCUGGUGGAUGAAGUGAGGCAAAUUGAGGGGAAGGUGGUGGAGAUCUCGCGUCUCCAGGAGAUCUUUUCUGAGAAAGUCCUACAACAAGAAACGGAGAUAGACAACAUUCAUGAGCUGGUUGUGGGUGCUACAGAGAAUGUUAAAGAAGGCAAUGAAGAUAUACGAGAGGCUAUAAAAAACAAUGCAGGCUUCCGGGUAUGGAUUCUCUUCUUCCUCGUCAUGUGCUCGUUCUCUCUCCUCUUCCUGGACUGGUACGACAGCUAACACGGCUACCAGCUCGGACUCUGUACAACAGGGAGCCGUCACACUCUAACACGUAUUGGUUAUCCUGUAAAGAAAUGAUGACAACGUUGAGACUGAAUGUACUGUUUACCAUGCUGCACGAGGUUGUCAGGCUGUUCUUCAUGAAGAUUCUGCCUUCAGGUGUUCUUCCCUAAUCCUAAAUAUAUUUGUCCAGUGCUUUCAGAACAGAUUUGGUGCUUAAAAGCAUAUCUCUGGAGGUGAACUUUGUGUAGAGCACUGUGCUCACCCUAAUUGUGAAUGUAUGUCUGUCUCUCUUUACCACCUGCAGGCUGAUAAUGGUUAAAAUGGCUGCUACAAUUCGUGUCUGACUGACUGAAAAACAGAUUUGAUUUCUGUUGAUCGCUUCUGUUUGGAAGGAACAUAGUGCACCAGAAGACACUGAGUAAACUUGCAUUUUAUCUGUGCAGUCUCAUGUUUUUAAACAGAUUACAAACCUAUUUCCCUCCUGUGACAUAUAAAUUAAACUUCACUGUAAAACAACUGAGAAUGUAUUGCUUUCCAGGCAGUUAUGAACAACACAACAGUUUGAUAUCUGUCACAGCAUAAUGCUACUGACACAUCACUCACAUUCUAGUAAAACAAAACAAUAUUCUUAAUAAAACUAUCUUUCUUUCCUUCGGGCUAUUAUUUAUUUCAUUAGCAGCUAAUACAUCUCAUAUUUAUGUCAGGCUUUCAGAUAACAUCAAGUGCAGCAGGAAGCCAGAAAGCCAUGGCCUGUCUUGGUUUGUGUCAGCUAAAGAAAAGAAGUUGUCAGCACAAGCUCUGAUUCACA